CCUCCUCCUUGCAGCCUGCUGUCUGAGCUCCUGUGCUGUCCCCACGUUUCCCAGGUGCCGAGCACCCUGCUGAGUGUGGACCGCUCCGGGUGCCCACGUGUGGAGGGACCCCAGGGCCCGAGACCUUCUCCCACGUUUCCGUGAGGGUGGCCGGUCACGAAGGGAGGGGCCGGCUGAGUGCACGUGAGCGUAGCAGGACACCAGGAUUUGGCCAGAAGACGUUCCUUUCCUCCCCCAGGACUUCUCGGAGACCGCUGCUACAGAGCCCUCCAGAAUCCGAGACUGGGCCUUUGCAACAGAGCUCCCAGCCACCUACCCCCAGCUGUCCGGGAGGGACGCACCAGUCAGCAGCCGCCGCCCACAGCUGCGACGCCUCUGGUACAGAUUCCUGUCGGCCUCCAGUAACUACCCUCCUUUGCUUGGGCUCUUAAAGACUGUUCUGCCAUGACCACAGCGCGGUACCGGCCCACGUGGGACCUGGCCCUCGAUCCGCUGGUGUCGUGCAAGCUGUGUCUCGGGGAGUACCCGGUGGAGCAGAUGACCACCAUCGCCCAGUGCCAGUGCAUAUUCUGUACUCUGUGCCUGAAACAGUAUGUCGAGCUCUUGAUCAAAGAAGGAUUGGAAACUGCGAUCAGUUGCCCCGAUGCCGCCUGCCCUAAGCAAGGCCACCUGCAGGAGGACGAGAUCGAGUGCAUGGUGGCGGCUGAAAUUAUGCAAAGAUAUAAAAGGCUACAAUUUGAAAGAGAGGUGCUGCUGGACCCCUGUCGGACCUGGUGCCCUACUUCCACCUGCCAGGCCGUGUGCCAGCUCCAGGAUAUGGGGCUGCAGACACCCCAGCUGGUGCGGUGCAAGGCCUGUGACGUGGAAUUCUGUUCUGCCUGCAAAGCCAGCUGGCACCCCGGCCAGGGCUGCCCGGAGACCAUGCCCAUCACUUUCCUUCCCGGAGAGACCAGCUCUGCUUUCAAACUGGAGGAGGACGACGCGCCCAUCAAGCGGUGCCCCAAGUGCAAGGUGUACAUCGAGCGGGACGAAGGGUGCGCACAGAUGAUGUGUAAGAACUGCAAGCACGCCUUCUGCUGGUACUGCCUCGAGUCUCUGGACGAUGACUUCCUCCUGAUCCAUUACGAUAAAGGACCGUGCCGGAACAAGCUGGGCCAUUCCAGGGCAUCUGUGAUCUGGCAUCGGACACAGGUCGUGGGCAUUUUUGCUGGAUUUGGGCUCCUGCUGUUGGUGGCCUCGCCUUUCCUGCUCUUGGCCACUCCGUUUGUACUUUGCUGCAAGUGCAAGUGCAGUAAAGGUGACGAUGACCCAUUACCCACCUAGAGGAAGGCGCGAUGCUGGAACGAGAGCCCUGCCUCCGGGAAGCGUGGCCCGCCCCCACCCCACCCCGCCGCCCCCCUCACUAAACAUCUUUCUUGCCUUAUGUGCCCCAUAGAGCUUCACAGUGUCACGCUGGAUGCCGUGAUUUCAGGGACUGAUGUCAGAGCGCUUGCCGAGGCCCCGGGUGCGGUCACCUGGGCAUGGGGAAGGCAGGCUGCAGUGGGUAGGGUGCAUCCCCACACAAUCGAUCUCUGCCGACUUGACAAGGGAGGCGCUGUGCAAGGCACCCCGGGCAGUUUUGUCCCAGUGGCGAUAGACUAGGAGUGUCUGGUGGCUGCUUCAGAGACCUUCUUGUGCAAAACGCUGUCCGUCUCCUCCUUGGCGUCCUGAUGGUGCCAUGUUUUUGAGAGAAGGAGUCUUUUAAGGAUUACAACUCACUUCAGGCAGAAUCCAAUAAUUCUGACUUGAGAAAAGCACUCUGUUUAUGACAACUGUUUUUAUUACUAAUGGCAUUUAGUAAAAUCCUUUUUAGAAGGUGUCUUUUUGUUUUUCCAACUGAGUAGUGAAAAAUCAACAAGGUGCAUCUAAACCAUCCUAUGCCUUUCUUGAAAUGUGCAUUUUAAGAAGUUACUGUUCAAAUGACUUUUCUGGCUCGGCCACUUUUCAGGAGAUUUAGAAAGCCUUAUGCGCUCUGUGUUUUUCUUGAAACCUGUGACGACGUUUUGAACACCGUUAAGCGGUGUGCUGUUAGAAACGCGCUUUCUAUAUUGUUGGCGUUUCUUUGACGAUACUGACGUGUUUAAAGGAGUAUCUUCAUCACUAGAUUUUCCUUUUAUUUUUUCUCUCUUUGGUGAUUCAGCUCAGCUCAUGGGGCUUAUCUCUUCUCAUCCAGGUAUGAGCAGAUAUUUUGUAAUGUCUUUGGAAACCAAAUGUUUGACUCGGGAAUGGCUCUGCGGAGAAUCAGUAUGUUUUGGCUGCUUGCCCCAGCCUCCUCGCGCAGACAGUAAGGAGCGAAUAGUGCUAUUGAUCCUCUUAGGCAGGGCUUCCUGGCAGGACUGGAGCACUCCCCUGGGGCCUGGGGGACAAGCUUCCUGAUUUUCAGUUGUUUAAAUGACUUAAGUUAUUUUGGAGAAAUCCUGUUACCUUACAGAGUUCCGAGUCCCGUUGCUAACCAUUUUGCCCCGCUGAAAACACCUUCCCUUUCACUUAGGGGGUUGUACCACUCGGUCUCUCCUAGGCCGUGUGUGACUGUUACCAUGGCAGCAGAACGCGCGGAUGACUAAGACACACGUUGCUCCAUCCGUUGAGUUUAAAAUGCAGAGAACGCGUCUUUACAGAGAGUUGGCUCUCCUAUGGCCUUUGAGGCCACCUGUGCUUUUAAGGAGCAAACCGAUUACAUUGAACUUGGGGGCCUCUGAAAUAACAGAAAGGCAAUUGUUGUCGAUUUAUUAUCGCGGAACUUUUUAAAACUUAUUACACAUUCCACAAAGGAGUGAAACGGAAAAUCUGAUGUGUUUGCUUAUUGUGAGCACAUUUGUAAAAUGUGGCGGGUUUUUUGUGUGUUUGAUUCUACCUUUCUGUGUUGGCCUCGGGUCCUGCUUUCCUUCCCCGUGUAGACACUUCUUUGUUUCUUAACAUUUGCUAGGUUAGAAGGAACAGCGUCACCUCACUCUUCACCUGUAGUGUCUAUUAUCUUUAUGAAACUGAAGCCAUUAGAAAGCUAGUCUGUGUCGAAAUCAUAUUCAGAACAUUCUCCUUAUGACCACAGCUGAAUUCUUACUCGGUAACAAAAUAAGAACAUGCCUGAGACUGUCUUUUCAGUGGAGCCUGGGCAGUGAGUCUCUGUAGCUGGAAUUGUUGCGACAGGGCCUUGUGGUAGGUGGCUUUCUGGAGAGGUGACGCUCAGUGAGUCCUGAGGCUCGAGUCAGUGGCCCAGGCUGGGAUCAGUGAAUGCACUUCUCUAGUGGCACCCUUUAAAAUGCCUGUCAGAGGCGGCCGGCUUGCGGCCCUGUUUCCAUUUUGAUCCAGGAGGGGGCAGGCCUCACCCCAUCCCUGUCCUGUUGCACACCGCACAAGUCCCCGCGGUCGUUCCCCUUCCUCCGAGGUAGAACGGGAGCCUUUGGAAAGGAUGCAUUCCCUGGGCUAGAGCUCAGGUCUCUAUUCCUAGCGGGUUGGGCUGUCCGUCUGUCCCGGAGAAAUCUGUAAGCAGGCCCUGCACAUUCAUAGCCCCCACCAGCCUUGUGCCUUCACCCCUGACACGUUUCACAAGCACGUGGUUGGACCCAGGUAGGGACCAUGAAGAUUCUCGGGCCAGCCACAGCCACACUGGCACCUGCUUGCUCCCGAGUUUUUGCACCAAGCAUGCCUCAAUUUGAUUUUGUAGUUAUACAGCUAAAAUCGUCUGUUCCUUGGGAAGAUACCAGCAGGAUUACAAUGGGAUCCUUACAUAAACUUGCAGUUUCCUCCGUGUGACGCUUUUAUUUCAGUAGGGAACGCCAACCCCAUUGUUCAUGGGGGUGCAGUACUAACCAUGCCUGAUGUAAAAUGUAAACGGAGCCUGGGAAGAUGGCCCACGUCUUGGAUUUUAACCUUGCCCUCACUCCCUGGUGAAACCUGGGGAGCUCUGCACUUGGUAGUGGGCUGUUACAUGGCAUAGCUUGUCUUAACUGAAGAUGACAUUCCCUUUCACGGAUGGUCUUCAUGCCGACGUUCUGGAAGCACAUGUAUGUUUACCCCUUUCGAGGCCUUGAAAUCCUGGCAAGGAGAGAAGAAGGUCCUCAGGUCAUGGCUAACUCAACCGGUGUCCAGUUGGGGUGGCCCUGGAGGGUGCGGGUGACCUGUGGGUCAUCCGAGUCCCUCUGACCCCAUUGGGUGGUUUUGCGGGACAUGCCUAGUCUGUCAGUCUGGCUGUCAUGUCCCCUGCAGCCUGGCCUUCGAGCUUUUCAGUGGUCACAAGAGGCCGGCGCCCUCCGAGGAGGAGUCACUGUAGAUGUUCGCGUAGCAGAGAUCGACUCAGGACCUGAGCAUAAUCAGAUCCUUGGAAAGCAUGACUGGCUGUCCAUAUCAGUUCUUCCUCACCCCGCGGGAGUGGCCGUAGCCCAGGGAACUGACCUCCACCACCGCUCACACCUUUUGCAAAGGGGAGCAAGUUCUCUUUAUGGAAUAUUAUUCCAUAAAAACCAGUGUGUGUAGGACCAGGCCAGUUCCUUUUUAGAGUCCAGGGCCCGUGGGGAAAGGGAUCCUCAGAGAUCUAAAAAUUACUCCAAGAUGAGUCUAUCUUUUUCAUCUAUCUUGCUUGCAAAGUUUAAAGUUAUUUAAGAAAUUGAGAGAAGACAUUUUCCCUUGAUAGUCUUUAAAAAUUAGGAGAUUGGAAAGAACCAGGGUGGGCUUUUUGUAUAUUUCUCAGAUUCUCAUUUAUUAAUAAGUCUCCAUAUAUAUAUAUAUAUAUGUAUAUAUAUAUAUAUGUGUGUGUGUGUGUGUGUAUACAUAUAUAUAUAUGACACUGAAAUCAUCAAGGGAAAAUAUUUUGCAUGUCUAAAGCUUCGUGAAGGUCUCUUUAAAAAAUACCAAAGCUUGUUUGUUCUUUAUAAUUAACCCAAGCCCUUAGGAAGAUACACAAAAUGAAGAGGUUAUGACUGGUAUUGCCCAAAAUGCCACAUGGAACGAAGGGCCUGUGCCCAAAUAUAGUUGCUAAUGCGUCAGUAGUAAGGGAGCUGUUUCGGUUGAUAAAGCCCCACGGGCGCCCUUCUUCCUCCGGCUGGUAUAAUCUCGUCUUCCGCACUCCUGGGAGCCUUGGGUUAGGGGUAAGUACCAGCCACAUGCCUGACCUUUCCUUCAUUCUUUGCUCAUUUUACCACGGGUGUAUUUUUACUCUUGUAUAAAAAUAUGCACGAAUGGGUCAUGCACACAUAGACAGUAUGUAUUUGGCAACGGUGGUAAAAACAAAAGUUCGGUUCUCGUUUUUGACAUGUCAGUCCAUCUUGUGCCACUAACACUGUGAUGUAUAAAAGAGCUGUUUGAAUGCCUUUUAAUGUUGUGUUUUGUACUUUGGAAUCACAUGGAAAAGCUUGAUUUGUAAUUUCAAUACAUAUUUUAAAUGUAUUGUGUCUUACAUAGUUUGUCUCCCGCCCCCUCCCCCCCCCCCUUUAGAAAAGAGAUUUUUCUUUUUAAAGAGAUUUUGGCUGGAAUACAGGUUACUUUUGUAAA